AGAAGCGCGGCGGCGCGAUGGCGACGGCAGUGUGGGCGGCUGCGCGGCUGCUUCGGGGAUCUGCGGUGCUGUGCGCGCGGCCCAGGUUUGGAUCUCCUGCACACAGACGGUUCAGCAGUGGUGCCACCUACCCCAACAUCCCCCUCUCUUCUCCCUUGCCUGGUGUACCCAAGCCUAUUUUUGCUACAGUUGAUGGACAGGAAAAGUUUGAAACCAAAGUUACCACUCUGGACAAUGGGCUUCGUGUGGCAUCUCAAAAUAAGUUUGGACAAUUCUGUACCGUAGGAAUUCUUAUUAACUCAGGAUCACGAUAUGAAGCGAAAUAUCUUAGUGGAAUAGCUCAUUUUUUGGAAAAAUUGGCAUUUUCGUCCACUGCUCGAUUUGACAGCAAAGAUGAAAUUCUGCUUACGCUGGAAAAACAUGGUGGUAUCUGUGACUGCCAGACCUCAAGAGACACCACCAUGUAUGCUGUGUCUGCUGACAGCAAAGGCUUGGACACUGUGGUGGAUCUGCUGGCUGAUGUGGUUCUGCACCCCCGACUGACAGAUGAAGAAAUUGAGAUGACGAGGAUGGCUGUGCAGUUUGAACUAGAGGACCUGAACAUGAGACCUGACCCAGAGCCACUGCUCACCGAGAUGAUUCAUGAAGCUGCUUUUAGGGAGAACACAGUGGGCCUGCACCGGUUCUGCCCUGUAGAGAACAUAGCGAAGAUUGAUCGGGAAGUGCUGCACUCCUACCUAAAGAACUAUUACACCCCUGACCGCAUGGUGCUGGCUGGGGUGGGCGUGGAGCAUGAGCACCUGGUAGAAUGUGCCAGAAAGUUCCUCCUGGGAGCCGAGCCUGCCUGGGGAGCCCCUGGAACCGUGGACGUUGACAGAUCAGUGGCACAGUACACUGGGGGGAUCAUCAAGGUGGAGAGAGACAUGUCAAAUGUCAGUCUUGGCCCAACCCCAAUUCCAGAGCUCACACACAUCAUGGUGGGACUGGAGAGCUGUUCCUUCCUGGAGGACGACUUCAUCCCCUUUGCUGUGCUGAAUAUGAUGAUGGGAGGAGGGGGCUCCUUCUCAGCCGGAGGGCCUGGCAAAGGCAUGUUCUCCAGGCUCUACCUCAAUGUGCUCAAUCGGCACCACUGGAUGUACAAUGCUACCUCCUACCACCAUAGCUAUGAAGAUACAGGCCUCCUGUGCAUUCAUGCCAGCGCAGACCCAAGACAAGUUCGAGAAAUGGUAGAAAUCAUCACAAAGGAGUUUAUCUUGAUGGGCAGGACGGUGGAUUUGGUAGAGCUAGAGCGGGCCAAGACACAGCUGAUGUCCAUGCUCAUGAUGAACCUGGAGUCCAGGCCUGUGAUUUUUGAGGAUGUGGGGAGGCAGGUGUUGGCUACACAUUCAAGAAAGCUGCCCCACGAGCUAUGUACACUCAUUCGCAACGUGAAGCCAGAAGAUAUCAAGAGGGUUGCUUCCAAGAUGCUCCGUGGCAAGCCUGCUGUGGCUGCCCUGGGUGAUUUGACUGACCUACCCACCUAUGAGCACAUCCAGGCAGCGUUGUCCAGCAGAGAUGGGCACCUGCCCAGAUCAUACCGGCUGUUCCGGUAGAGUCCCUUAGAGCUGGCUGUAGAGUGUUUGUGUGCGUGUUACUGUUGGUAUAGACACAGCAGGCUAGCUAGCUGUGUGAACAGUGCCAACAGUGAAACUCUGGAAAUUUGAAUGAAAGUGACUGUUGCCACUGCACCUUUGUGUCUUUCAAACACAAGUGGCUUAUUUUUCAUCUAACAAGUAUUUUUCCUGAGUAUCUGCCAAAGCAGGUACCGUCUGGCCACUAGAUGUUUCUGGAGCAAGGAAGGCUGGGAAAGAUUAGAAAGUCUUGGGGCUCUAGGGAGACAGAGCACCACACUCUGAGAGCACACAGGGCCUACCCAUUGGUAGAGCCACUGGCAUACAUCAUACUCACUUUUCCCCCUUCAAAUAGGAUCUCACAGUAAAACCCUGACUGGCUUGAGACUCGAUAUAAGAUAUACUCAUCUCAAACUCAGAGACCCUCCUGCCUCUGCUUCCCAGGUGCUAAAAUUAUAGGCAAGUGCUAUCACACCCAGCCUCAUUUCUGAAAGCUUAAGUUCUUUAACAAGCCUGCAGGUAUUUCACAAUCUUCUCCUUCGUUUUUUGAGAUAGAAUACUAAUUAGCCCUGGCUGGCCUCACAG